UUUCUUGUGAACUGGCAAAAAGAGAGUAAAGAAAGAAAGCUUGAAGUUUUCUGCAUCUAAGUAUCUCUCCUGUUUCUUUCCUUACUUAUAGCAGAUUAUAUAAGGACAAGCCAAAAGAGAAGGACCCAUCUCUCCAAACCUUUAGAGAUCUCUCUCCCUCUCUCUCUCAUACUCCUAAGAAGAAACCGAGUUGCAGUUUUCAAUACUACCAUCUUCAGUAUUGUUGUUUAGCUACAAUGAGAGACAUUGUUUCUUGUUUUAGUGAAAACGCGGUAAAUGUUUCUCAGUCUUCAUGUUCUAGCUAUUCUAGCCAUGCUUGUAUCCCUCCAAGCCUAGUGCCUUCAGUCCAGAAUGCAGUCACAGGUAUUUACAAAGUCAUUCUUUCUACUGAGAAGCAGCUCUUGAUCAAAGUCACUUGGUGCAAGAACCAAACUGGUCAAGGCCUAAGCAUAAACUUUGGUGAUGACCCGUCAACAUGUUUCAAGCUCAACACGAAUUUGAGGUUUUUCAGGAAGAAGAAAGGCAACAAAAUGAUUGAAUCUGGUCAUUCGAAGAUCGAAGUGUUUUGGGAUCUUUCUACUGCUAAGUAUGACGCAGGACCUGAACCGGUAGAUGGAUUCUAUGUCCUGGUCAUGGUUGAUUCAGAGAUAGGCCUUAUUCUAGGAGAUAUGGCUGAAGAAGCUGUGAUCAGGAAGUUCAAGACUACCACCCCAGUUGCUAAAGUCUCACUCAUUUGUCGGCAAGAACAUUGUUCAGGCAAUACACUUUAUUCCACCAAGGCUCAGUUCUGUGAUACAGGCAUUGUACAUGAUGUUUUGAUCAAAUGUAGUGGAGAACAUGAAGGCCUAAAGCAUCCAGUUUUAUCAGUUUGUAUCGACAAGAAGACAGUGAUUCGCGUAAAAAGGCUGCAGUGGAAUUUUAGAGGAAACCAGACAAUAUUUGUUGAUGGAUUGCUAGUUGAUCUGAUGUGGGAUGUGCAUGACUGGUUCUUCAACCCUGCCACUGGUUCUGCUGUGUUCAUGUUCAGGACAAGAAGCGGAUUAGAUAGCCGACUUUGGUUGGAGGAGAAAUUGGUUCAGAAAGGUCAAGACAGAGUUGAAUUCUCGUUGUUGAUUUAUGCCUGUAAGAGCACAUAAAGAAACUGACUUUGUUCAUGUUCGCUUAUUUUCCUUUUAAUUUUUCCAAUUUUUUUCCCACUUUUUCCUCCUUCUUUCUUCCCACUUUCUAUUUGAAAGGAAUAGAUACUUAAUUCUUUGAUCAUAUGAGAAAAGAAAAUAACUUGAA